AUGACGGGAGCCUUAACCAAAAGCCGAUCUCACUGACCAUGGGUGAGGGCGAGAGACGGCUGACGGUUCUGCACCACAUCCAGGAAAUGGUUUAUCUCCUGACCGGAGAGUAUCUGACUAACUUGCUGCUCGUGAGCGACAUGAAUGGCGAUAAGAAGCUCGUGCGAGAGACCCUUGUGAGUCAUGCGCUUCAGAUCAUCUGUAUACUGACGGGAGAGGUGCCUAUAAAGUGUGAUGAGGUUGCAGUGUAUUUCUCUAUGGAGGAGUGGGAGUAUAUAGAGGGGCACAAGGAUCUGUACAAGGGCAUUAUGGUUAAGAAUCGUGAGAUACCCCAGAUUGUGGAAUCCCCAACACACAAGAGCUCAGUUCUUCACAAUGACAAUCUAGACGCUAUAUUAAUAAAGGAGGAAGCGUAUGAGCUGGAGGAAACCUUUCCAUGUACAGGAGUAUCGUCGAGUGGCAAUAAGAUAAAAGAAUUGCACAAAGCUGCUUGCCCAGCAUUGAUGAUAAUGUCUCAGAUGCAUCAAGAACAUGUUUCAUUUAGAAGUCAAGAACCAUGUUCACCAGAGUCUCAUGACUGUGCACAAAUAUCAUGUUCUUCAGAUGAGAGUGUUGACAAACAUAGUGCCUCUACGUGCCUGAUAAAGAGACUUAAUCAGGAAGAGACUACCAAUUCUGAUAAAUGGGUUAAAAGCACCACAUCUUACGAAGUUCCCCAAGCAUCAUCUGUAGGACUAAUGUCUAAUGUCAAGGACAAACAUGUUCAAUCAAAGCUACAGACUUUACACAAUACCACAAAUACAGAAAAUAUAUAUGUUUGUCCAGUGUGUGAGAAGGUCUUUACGGUAAGGUCCAAACUGGUCAAACAUCUGAGAAUCCAUACAGGAGAGAAACCAUACGCUUGCCAGGAAUGUGGGAGAGGCUUUAGGCAAAGGAUACAUCUGGUUACUCAUGAGAGAACCCACACAGGACAGAAACCAUACGUUUGCCAGAUAUGUGGGAGAGGUUUCUCAGAGAUAGGGAAUUUAGCUACACACCAGCGAACUCAUACAGGAGAGAGACCUUUUGUGUGUAAAGUGUGUGGAAAAAGCUUUACUGCUCAAGCUACGCUAAUCAAACACCACCGAACUCAUACUGGGGAGAGGCCGUACAUUUGUCCGCUGUGUGGGAAAGGAUUCGCUCAAAUGACCCAUCUUGCCAAACACCAAAAGACACACACAGGAGAGAAACCAUAUGCUUGCCAGACAUGUGGGAAAUGUUUCUCGGAAGCUGGAAAUCUAGCGACGCACCAGAGAAUUCAUACAGGAGAGAAGCCUUAUGUUUGUCAGGUAUGCGGCAAAGCUUUAUCAUCAAAUGCAAGUCUUAUUAAGCACCAGUGGACUCACACAGGGGACAGGCCGCAUGUUUGUCUGCAGUGUGGAAAAGGCUACAUUCAAAGGAGGCACCUGGUUGCGCACCAAAGAACGCACACAGAUAAUUGUGACUAUACAAGAGACCAGAGUAUAUUAAAUGGUUCCGGUGAUGAUUAAAGUGUUACGCUAACUACUCAGCUAACCUCUCUUAGGUAUCAAACAUAAUAUGGAAUAUUAAUCAGUCAAAUGUUUGUAGAACUUACAGCUAUUCAGAUCCUAUCUAAACCCCUUUGAGACCUUUGCCUCUCCUUUUUGUUUUUGGACGUUUUACCCCAGUCUUACACUAUUAAUACCCCCAUGUAUUAAAGCAUGUAACUAAUUUCAUACUAGAAGACACAUGGCCAAACAUUGCAAAAGAAUUUAAUUUCAAA